GAAAAUAUGAUACAAAUUGAAGUAUUCGUGCUUUUUGUAUUUUUCUCAAUAUCUCAAUCAAAAAACAAUUUAAUGCCGAACUUACCUGUGGGAGAAUAUCGUAUAGUUUUUGAUAAAUUAUAUCAAUGUGAUUCAAUAAAAAAUCAUUCAGUUCAAUUUAAUGUUUAUUUUAAUAAGAAGACAUCAAGUAUGAAUGAGAUGAAAGGGAAUUUAACAUAUUUGGUACCUUUUGACGAUACUCUUAUAGUUGAUUUAAAUUUUGCGUCUUGGGGUUCAACUGGUGGUUGGAAAUCAAAUUCGUAUAUUUUCAUAUCAAAAAAUGCAUGUAGUAAUGUAAAAAAUCUUUUUGGAAAUUCAUGGUUAACAGUUAUCAAGGCGUUCAACUUGCCAACGGAUAGAUGUCCAAUACCACUGGGGACAUAUAUUACAUUAGGGAUUGACAUGAAUAAAUUUGAAGACAAUAACUUUCCCAAAGUAUAUUUUUAUGGAAAAUAUAAAUGUGUGAUUAAGAUAAAAACCGUAGAAAAAAAAGUAAUUGGCUGCGUGGUUCUAGAGUUAACUCUUAUACGGCCGUGGGAAACACCAAAAUGA